GGAUUUUUGGUUUUGGAUCUUGUGAUAUUGUUGCACUUGUUGAUAGCAACUGGUCGAGGCUUGAAUCUACAUAUAAUUGAGAGGAAAGCGGAUCAUGAAUCAGGAAGGGCGUUCAAGUAAAAUAAAAAAUUAACAAAAUGCAUAGCAGCUGGAUCGCUUGCAUAUUUGCGAAACCUAAAGGUUUCGUCAUUGAAAACAAACAGAGUUAUUAAUGAUCCAAGGUCACUGCCUCUGCAUUCUACUUCUACACCAGCACAAACAGUACAUGAGCAAGUGCAACAAAUGCCACUGAACACUACACCUUCUGCAUCACAAGCAGUGCGUGAACAAUUGCAACAUUCUACUUCUGCAGGUGGAUCGCUGCCUCUGCAUUCUACUUCUGCACCAGCACAAACAGUACAUGAUCAAGUGCAACAAAUUCCACUGAACUCUACCUCUCUUGCAUCACAACUAGUAUGUAAAUAAUUGCAACAACUACCACUGGAUUCCACCCCUCGUACUUCACAAACGGUACAAGAACAAGUUGAGGAUUCUUCCAAUCAUGAAACAAACGAGCAAUCCGAGGAACAAGGAAAGAACAUAUAGAUUUCAAUCGUCAAAUUCAAUAACGUAAUGACUUUUGGUGAUUAUUCUUACUUCAUAUUUAUGUAGGUCCUUCUGCCGAAAAACGAAAAAGAGGAAAAACUCAGAUGCAAAGUGUUCAUGGUAGGAAAGAGCGCAAGCAAAUUGUGCUAAAUGAGAACAAUCAACUCAUAGGUCCUACUAAUGAUGAUGUGAAUGAGUUGGGUAGCUUCCUUGGUACAUUGGCAAGGACUGCAACCUUUUGUCCUCUUAACGUGUUUGAUUGGAGGAAACUUGAGACAAAAGAAGAUAUGUGGAAAUAUGUCAAGGAAAAAUAUGACAUUCAUGAAGGUGCAAAAAAGUGGGUUUUUGAUUCAAUUUCAAAGGCUUGGAGAAAGUACAAAAACCAGUUAUAUAAAGACCAUUUUGAACCCUAUGAGAAUGACGAGCUUUGAAUGGAGAAUAGGCCGGUUGAUGUUCCGGAUUCUCAAUUUAGGGAACUUCUUAGAUAUUGAAAGUCUGAUACCUACAAGAAAAUAAAAGAAACCAACACUGAGAAUCGCAAAAAGUUGAGAUAUCCACACACUGAUGGCAAAAAAAGUUUUGCUAGAAUAUGCGAGGCUUGAUAUUUUUUUUCUUAUUAUUCUUUUAAAUAUGAACUUGCUAUGCAUAAUCUGAACUAUUUUAUACCACUUUUUAUGUAACCAGGAAACAAAGAAAGAAACUUCUGAACCUCUAUCAAGUAAGGAUAUAUUUGUGGCUACAAGAAAAAGAAAGCCCGAUCGAGUUUACAAGGCCUCGUAUGCGGAUACUCUUAGUAAAAUUGCUGAAAUGGAUAGAAUACAAUCAACACAAGAAACUGAAGAUGGCAGUCAAUCAGUUGUUGCGUUUGCGUCCGUCAUGGGACCUGAGCAUCCAGGACGCCUAAGAUUGUACGGACGUGGGGUUACCAAGACUUCCUUAAAAAGAAAAGUGGGAGAUAUUGGAACCUCUUCAAGUUCUACCGAUGAGAUGCUGCAACAAAAAAUGGUGGAAAUGGAAGAAAGGAUGCAACAAAGAAUGCUGGAAAAGUUCAAUGCACAAAAAGAUGCCAUGGAACUACAAGUUGCAGUUAACAUCAUUUCACAACUUAAGCGUCUGAAUCCAGACUUACGGGUUGAUCCCAGCAUGCUAGGUUUCAAUGCUUGUUCACCUGGAGAUGCUUCCUCUGCACAACAAGCUGUUGUGCAACUAAUCAAUCGUCUAUCUACUGGGAGUAAUAAUCGAGUUGGAGCAACUGAAGAAAGGGAAGAUGGAGAAGGUGGAGCAACCGAAGAAAGGGAAGAUGUAGAUAGUGAAGAUCUAGACCUUACUUAAGAAGAACUUUGAGUUGUUGUCGAUAUUCUUGGAGUCUUUUGUUAUAGCAUUUGAAACUUUAACUGUUGAAGUGUUGAACUGUAAAACUUAUGUAAUUGGGUUAAAACAUUUUGCUAUUAUCGUUAUUCUUAGCUUAUUGGAUA